UGAAUGCGAGUACUCCUUUCUCUCAUUGUUUGAGUGACUGCAGGUAUUGGUGUCUGCCUUUGAACGUGCGCGCGUGUGUCUGGGAGUGUGUGUGUUGGAGAGGGAAAGAGAUAAAAAGAGAGAGUGAGGCGAGCAGUGUUUCUUUUCCCCCUCUAGCCUCCCCGUCUCCCUGCUCCCUGUCACUCCGUUUUUCCUCCCUCCCGGACCACCCUGCCUCCAGUCGGAUAGACCCUGGACCUCCCCAGGACCCUCCUCCCAUCACCCCUUUGACUCUCCUCACUUCUCCGACCCGCUUUGUCAACUGAGCAGUUUUUGCAACGAAUCCAGUAUAAACCUGAAGAGGAACAUAUUAUUGAACACUGAUAAACCAUUUGAAGUGGUCACCAAGGAAGCAUUGCUCAGGUGGAACGGCACUGGACAGACGGAAGUCUCCCCAGUCCUCUGGAAGGUUGACAGCACAAGGUCACAUGACCUGGAAGAGAAAACCCAGGAGACUUUUGGGAUCCCUUUUUGAAUGGGCCGGUUAUCAACCUGGAAACAAGUCUAAAGGCUGAUGAACUGAUCUGCACGGAGACGCAGCUGUGCUCGGUCGUCCCCUCUGCUCUCUGCCAAACGGCUCCAUUAAUGCCCUGAGAACCCACGACCUAGCUCAACUCUGGUGACUGGCUGGCUACUGUACCAUCACACUCCUCCCAUUCCUGAGGAAACCCUCUUCACGACCACACUCCUCCUCUCUUCACCUCCACUCCCAGUAUGGAACCCAACAAAGUCCAGCCAGAGGGCGGCCUCAAUGUUACCCUCACCAUCCGCCUCCUCAUGCACGGCAAAGAGGUUGGAAGUAUUAUUGGCAAGAAAGGGGAAACAGUGAAGAAAAUGCGCGAGGAGAGCGGAGCAAGAAUCAACAUCUCUGAGGGCAACUGCCCCGAGAGGAUCGUCACCAUCACUGGCCCAACAGACGCCAUCUUUAAGGCCUUUGCCAUGAUUGCCUAUAAGUUUGAGGAGGAUAUAAUCAAUUCCAUGAGCAACAGUCCAGCCACCAGCAAGCCCCCUGUCACUCUGCGUCUGGUGGUGCCAGCCAGCCAGUGUGGAUCUCUCAUUGGGAAGGGAGGUUCCAAGAUAAAGGAGAUGAGAGAGUCCACAGGGGCACAGGUUCAGGUGGCAGGGGACAUGCUGCCUAACUCCACAGAGCGUGCCGUGACAAUCUCUGGGACCCCUGAAGCCAUAAUCCAAUGUGUCAAACAAAUCUGUGUGGUCAUGCUGGAGUCCCCACCAAAAGGUGCCACCAUUCCCUACCGCCCAAAGCCCGCCUCCACCCCCGUAAUUUUUUCAGGUGGCCAGGCCUACACAAUUCAGGGACAAUAUGCCAUCCCACACCCAGAUCAGUUGACCAAGCUCCACCAGUUGGCUAUGCAGCAAACCCCCUUUACCCCCCUCGGACAGACCACCCCUGCUUUCCCUGGUUUGGAUACCAGCCCCCCGGCCAGUACUCAUGAACUCACAAUUCCAAAUGAUCUAAUAGGCUGCAUAAUCGGGCGCCAGGGAACCAAAAUCAACGAGAUCCGCCAGAUGUCUGGGGCGCAGAUCAAAAUCGCUAAUGCCAUGGAGGGCUCGUCGGAGCGCCAGAUCACUAUCACAGGAACCCCCGCCAACAUCAGCCUUGCCCAGUACCUCAUCAACGCAAGGUUCAGGGAUGUGGCUGCCAUGUGGAAUGACCCGUCAUCCAUGACAACAUCCUGAGGCCCAAAUCUGGUUCCACAAUCAAGAAGCUAACAGCAGCAACUGUCUCCCCAAUAACCCCAUGUAUACUCCCACAGAACUUAAUGGCUACCUGAUUCCUUUAGCACUUGACACUUAAGGUUUAGCAGCUUUGAAGAGGCUAAAGAGGCUAUUUGUAAAGCAAAGUGAAAAAAUUUGACUUGAAUUCUGUUCAUGUAAUGUAAAGAGUUACGUAUAGUGUUUCAGCAUGCCGACUGCUUAGGAUAAUUGUUACAUAAUUUUUCUGUUUGCUAGGUCAGAGAUAAGUUUGCAGAUUCAAUCUUGUAGUUAAUUGUCAGGCAAGUAAAAACGGAUAAAAAGUGGAAAACAAAAAAAUAUUGCUAUUCAGAUUGCUACUGAGCAAUGCUAUUGGCCAUGAGUCUCGAGUGAUGUGAUGCGUUUGUGAAGAGAUAUUGUUGUGUCAAAUUUGGAAUGAAAAGGAAGUGCUUUUUAUGUAAAUAGUAAGGAGGUUUCGGAGGUUCUCCAUUUUGCAGGGAGACUUAAAUUAUUAAGUCAACAACUUCCAUUGUGAUAGAGGACUACGUUUGAACUCACACUAUUCUUAGCUCAAGAGACUUAGGUGCAGGUUUUUCAAUUAGGGAAAAUCCAGAAUUACCUGGAAAAUUUGGGAUUGGUUUUAAUCAAAUUGCAUCAUAAAAUCCAUAUGCAUGACCAAUAUACAAUAGUAAAUGUAACAUGGAGACCUAAAAGCCAGAAUGCUGCAGAGUUUCACUGUUGUGCGAAAGUGUCCAAUCUCAGAAAAGUUUUUUCUCUUUUUUUUCUAUAUUUUCCCUUCCCCCUUCCCUUCUCCCCUCUUCCUUAACUAUUCUAGGCUGACGUCUGAGGUCACUGGAAUGUGAACACUAAUUUCUACCCAUCAUUCUUCACUGCAUCACACGACCCUUGUGUCAAUGGCAUUGCACGUUUUUUUUGUUCUCUGUAUUUAUCUGUCCUGCGCCUUUCAGCGGUCCUAACUAAUUUAUUUUAUGUAAAGUAAACAUGAUACCCACACUGUUAACAUGAUUCUCCUCACCUGCCCUCAACCGACUAUUCAAAGGACACUUUAUUUUUGGGCAUUAUCAUGUGUUUUACUGUGAAUUCAGUUUAUUUAAUCAUUUUAAAACACAGCUAUCGUGUCUAUGCUCAUGAUAUAUGCAGGGUUCGAGAGAGACUAACCAUCCCAGAAUCGUCCCGAAGUGCAAUUUCAAACGCCCCAAAAAAGAAAAUAAACUGUCCCAAAUUAAAA